CCACAGAAGAAGAACACAUGUUAUUUCACUUUCACUUCUGUGUUCAUGAAUACACCAACGAGAACAUGUUAUUGCAAAUAUGAUAACCACAAUUUUAAUUUCAUUCAUGCAGUUUUCCAUCGUAGCCCCUCAUUCUCUUCAUCGCCAUUGCAUCGCAACCCAAGGGACCUUGUAUCCGAAAAAUAUCCAGUUGGUAAUGAUAGAUGAUGUCAUUGUCUAUUACUACAACAGCAGUGCUGAACAAGAGGCCGUCGUGCCAGAAUGGUUGAACCACCCUGAGGGAAUUGAAUUUUGGCAGGAGGUUCAUCGAAAUCUGAAAUUUAAUCGAUAUGUAAUGGAUACUGCCGUGAGAGUAACAAGUGAACAUUACAAUCAUUCACAUGAUCACUUUUACCAAGCUCACGGACGCUGUGGAUGGAAGUCAGACGGGACCACAGAGGCCUUUAUGAGCCAUGCAUAUGAUGGCAAGGACUUUGUCAGCUUCGAUGUAUCGACCAGAACAUGGACAGCUGCAGUUUCCCAUGCUGUUUUUUACAAAAGAAAAAGGGAAACAGAUUUAGAAGAUCUUGUUAGGCUGGUCAUUCAUUACGAAUCUGGAUGCAUCCGGUGGCUGGAGAAACUGUUAGAGUUUAGCGUUACAGUUCGAGAACCCAAAGUCCCUGCGGUGCGUCUGUUUGAGAGACCGUCUCAUGGCAACUCCGAGGUGGAGGUCACAUGUCAUGUGACAGGGUUCUACCCUCGGGCGGUGCAGGUGGAGUGGCUGGGGGCAGAGGGGCUUCCCAUGGUAGACGGGGUGAACAGUGGGGAGGUGCUGCCCAACGGAGACGGUUCAUACCAGCUGAGGAAGAGCCUGACUAUCCCACAGGAAGCCCAGGACACCCAGAGCUACAGCUGCCUGGUGCUCCACUGCAGUAUAGCUGGGAACAUCACAGUAACCUGGGCGCCAAAGAAGAACCUGGCCAAUGUGCUCAUGGCUAUCGUCAUCAUUGUAUCUGUAGUCUUGAUACUCACUGUCCUUUUCAAGUAUUUAGUAUGGAGGAGAGCAGUAGGUAAGAGUCAAUCUUAAUUCUUGCUGCACUAGGUGUUAUUUCUGUGUUAUUUCAGAGUAAAGUAAACAAGAGCUUAAUGACCAAAACUCAGAGUAAGAGGAUGACCAACGAUGAAUGAGAAAAGUCUGUAUGCAUUUGAUGCUCUAUACAACCCUAAAGUAAUUUACAUAAUGUUAGACUUGCUGCUUUUGUUGUUGAUGUUCUAUACAAUCCUAAAGUCAUUUAUAAAUGUUAAAAUUGCUGCUUUUGUUGUGGUUGAUGUUACCAUUUUUUGUUGUUGUCCUGUUCUUAUUUUACGAGCUGCAAGAUGUAAUCUAAAGAACAAAUAAACAUUUGAGUAUGUCA